GAUCCAUGCGGGUAAAUGGGCUGUAAGCAUAGAUUCAAGUUGCACGAAUUGGGCCAUACACUCAUUCACAGAGUAGAUGGAGGGUAUUACAUUAACCACUCAAUUGCCGUCACUUCUCUGAAUUGUGACAGCAGAUAUUUAAUGGCACACAGGAACACUUCAACAGAUUUAAUUGGAAAACUGAGAGAAGACCAUGAUAAGAUGUUUAAAAUGAGUGAGAAGAUCUUACUGCUGUGUGUGGGGGAAGCUGGAGACACUGUGCAGUUUGCAGAGUACAUCCAGAAAAAUGUUCAGCUCUACAAAAUGAGAAAUGGGUAUGAGUUGUCUCCUACUGCAGCAGCAAACUUUACACGCAGAAAUCUGGCCGACUACCUACGCAGUCGGACCCCUUACCAUGUCAAUCUACUUCUGGCUGGCUAUGAUGAGCAUGAAGGCCCUGCGCUUUAUUAUAUGGAUUACCUUGCAGCCCUAGCUAAAGCUCCCUUUGCAGCACAUGGAUAUGGUGCAUUCCUAACCCUGAGUAUCCUUGACCGCUAUUACAAGCCAAGUAUCACACGCGAGGAGGCAGUGGAGCUCCUAAAGAAAUGUCUAGAGGAGCUUCAGAAACGCUUCAUCCUGAACCUACCUUCUUUCAGCGUCCGGUUCAUUGAUAAAGACGGCAUCCAUGAAAUGGACAACAUACCCCUUCUGAAAGUGUCAUCCUAACCCCUUGGAUCUUCCCAGAGAAAUCUUUCAGUUCAUUUUUGGCUUUUUCUACUCAUUUGACAUAUAUAAUUAAUGUACUGUACUUGGAGUCUUCAAAUAAAGAUUGACAUUGAUAUAG